CUGGACCCAUUUCAUAGCAUAAAGCAGUUUGUCUGACAACUGGGCUCCUGCAGGCAUCAAACCUGUGACGCUGCCAAAUGACUUAUCACGCGGCCCCACGCAUCAGCUCCGGUGUUACAUUGACUCAUCGUCGUCUGACAUCAUUAGUCAUCAGCGUGAGCGAUGCGUGGAACCAAUGCGUCACUCAACAGGGAGUCAGGUGCACGAGAUUCAAUCUGUGGCAAAAAUAGAUAAAUAAAACAAACCGGUAGCGGGUGUUUGCAAAGUGCGAGGAGAAAUAACAUUGGUUCUUUUCUCCGUCAGUGGAACAUGAUGUGGAAAAAAUGUCCCCGCUGCUUUGAUGGCAAUUAGCUGGCAGAUAUGAGAGACUGUGGUGGGAGGACGGAGGAGUGAGGCGCGCUGCAGCAAACACUCACUGUGAGACGCCACAAUCUGCUGCCGGGUCAAUAUUGUCACGCGGCUGAGAAGUAGUUUGGUCUCUUCUGCACCGAAGGGUUGAAAAACAAGUGUCUGAGGAACGAGUGAACAGAUUCCACUGCUGUGUUUUAUUGUAUUGGAAAAGAAAAGAUUUGUAAAUAACAGUUAGAAAGUUAUAUAUUCAUGAAACAGUUGAUUUUUGCUGUUAACCCAAAGCUUCUCCGGGCACUCGUGUGGGUGUGUGACAGAGGAAUCCACACUUCCUUUCACUCCUCGGUCUCAAAGGUCCUGAAGUGAACUUUGUCACCGCAGAUAGAGGCCGACACUCUUUGCUUUUCAUUUCCGAUCUCUGUAAACUGACAACAACACACGUGGAGCGACUGCAGCGACACAGAAGGACAAACUGCUUCUCGUUGGAAAAGGACAGGUCCGUGCACGAUGGAGGCGUCAGACUGGACUCGUUGUCUCUCUACUGUGGGUGAAUGGGAGUCUCCAGAUUAUGAGCCAUCACUUCCUGUUUCGGAGAAGUCCAAUCCCCUGACGCGGGACAUCGACCGAGCUCCAGCCGCUGGCAUCGUGAGGACGUUACAGGCCUGUGACGCCCAAAUGUUCCAGGAAGAGACAGAGGAAACCUACCAGAGGCUUUUCAGUGACCAAGUGGUGAAAACUGUGAUGGAGGUUGCACAGAGGGUGGAGCUCAUCCUCAAGGAUCCUCGGGGCAGCCUCGUUGUCCUGAGUGGAUGUGGGACUUCUGGUCGAAUGGCUUUUCUCACGGCGUCAAGCUUCAACAGAGAGCUUCAGAGGCUGAACCAGGGUUUGGUCUACUCCUACAUCAUCGCAGGAGGAGACAGAGCUUUACUUUCCUCACAUGAAGCUCCUGAGGAUGACCCCAUGUUGGGCAUGCUCAGUCUGAAGAAGGUGUGUGAGGGAAAGAAGCGAGUCUUGUUCAUCGGCAUUUCCUGUGGAUUAUCAGCUCCCUUUGUGGCAGGUCAGCUGGAUCUCUGCCUGCAGCACCCAGAGAUCUACACUCCUGUGCUGCUCGGCUUCAACCCUGUGCAUCAAGCCAAGGAUGAGCCCAUACCCGGCUGCACAUUCACAUUUGGCAGUGUGGUUGGACGGAUGCAGGAUCUAGUCAAAACUCGAGAGGCCUUCCUCGUCAACCCGGCGGUCGGGCCCGAAGCCAUCAGCGGCUCCUCCAGGAUGAAGGGUGGCAGCGCUACUAAGAUCCUCCUGGACGUUAUCUUGUCUGCUGCUCAUGCUGCGACCUUCACCAACACGCCCGUCACACACAAGGGAAUCGUGCAGCACAUGAGAGAAUAUGAGAAAACUGUGGAUGUCACAUACGCUCAGAGCGAAGGGAUAAGUGCUCUGGUGGAAGCGGCUGGACUCAGUUUGCGGUGUGGAAGGCUUGUGUGUUACCUGGGCUGGGGCUCCCUGGCUGUGCUGGGCCUCAUCGAUGCCAGUGAGUGUAACCCCACGUUCGGAGCAGACUCUGAAGAUAUCCGCGGCUUCGUGAGUGGAGGAUUCGAGCAGCUGCACAACAAUGAAGGUCCCUUAACGUCACUGGGUCGUCAGUUCUGCAUCUCACACCAGGAUUUCCAACGUUUGGUUCUGCCUCACCUCAGUGACCAGGACACUGUUCUCCUUCUCUACACCCACUGCGACGAUGUCGGUGACGUGGUGAAAGUGGCCCGAGCGGUGAGAGCGAGGACGUCCAACCUCCACGCUGUUUAUCACCACACUGAUGGAGACACUGCUGCUGCUGGACAACAAGAUGACAUCAAUAAGCUGUGUUUAUCUACACUGAAAAUCACUUGGCCGUCAUCUGCCUCUGAGAGCUUAGUUCACAUGCAGUGGGAGCUGUCCACCAAGCUGGUGCUGAACGCUGUGAGCACCGGAGCUCACAUCCUAAAGGGGAAGAUUUACCAGAACCACAUGAUCGACGUGCAGGUCACCAACAGCAAACUGUACCGCAGAGCCACACGUCUACUCCAGAAACUGUCUGGUCGUCCUGAGUCCAGGUGCGAGGAGUUUCUCUUGAGGGCAAUCUACCGAGCUGACGAGCUGACAGGUGACAUCACAUCCUCUGACAUCACCGCUCAAACCAACGCAGCCAGAGACAGGACCACGGUUGUCCCCCUGGCUUUGGUCUGCCUGCUGACUGGCUGCUCUGUCUCGGAGGCGGAGGCUCAUUUGGAACAACAGCCAAUCAUAAGGGAGGCAGUGGAGGCGUGUCUCUCAUGAUUGACAUCCUCCUCACACACAAACAGGACAUUCACGUAUGGAGAGAAUCCCCUCUUUUCCCUGUACAGAGGUCAGAGGUCAACUUUAAUGUCCGUCUCAGAUGCACAGACCUGCUCCAACAGUUUGAACUCCCUCACCUCCUAAAUGUAAAACCAUGGCUCACCACUAAGGGGCAGAGUUUCACACACAAACCUGCACAUGUACUGUAUCAGAGAAUAUUGUGCAUGCAGUAAAAUUGGAAAAAUUACAGUAAAACAUGUUUAUUUUAAUGACUGACCAGCUAAAAAAGCAGUUUAAAAACACAAGUAUGUUUGUUAUUCUGUUUAAUUUAACCACUGGUUGAUGAUGCUGUUUAAAAAGCAGAAAUAAACCCACUACAUAACAUCACAUUCAAAGGUUCAUGUGGUUUUCUGGAGGUACAGGCUGAGCCGCGUGAUGUAAGUCAACCUCAAUCCCUCCGUGGCUCAAACACACACACACACACACACACACACACACAUACACACACAUGGGCACACUCACAGGUACUGGAUUAGUGUGACAUGUGAGUGUAUCUUGAGAGCUGUUGAGCAGCUUUGGAAGCACAUUUGGAGCGGAGCCGAGCACAGUGGGGGGGAAACAGAGCACAGGAGGCUCAGGACGGUAAACUGAACAUCAGACGUGGAUCAGAAAGCACGACCACGUAAUUCUCAAACAUUUAUAUGUAUACGUCUCGAAGACAUCGAUAAAACCAGAGCUGCUGUUCAGGUUUUAAAAGAUCAGAGCAACAUCUGUCAUCAGAAUCAGAA